AUGCCAAAGACCUACGCUUGCUCUAUCUGCAACCAAGCUUUUCCAAAGUUCGCCGACUGCAAGGCACACGAGGCCAUGCAUUCACCAGAAAAUGCGUACUUCUGCACCUGGGAAGGGUGUAACUUUGUGACAUUGCACAAAGCAAGCUUCCAUUAUCAUACUGAUGUGCAUACGGGCAAGCAACGCUUCGUCUGUCCUCACGAUGGCUGUGACUACAGAACUCACACCUCUUCCAACAUCACACAACAUCGCAAGAAAGAACAUGGGUAUGUUCCUCGGCCGUGCAGUCGUCGUGGUCCCUCUGCAACGAAUUCAUCCGGGGCCCAGUCGUCGUCCCAGCCUCCGCCGCCGGCAGAGCCCCUUCCCUUUGGUACACUCCACCAAUACCAAUACCAACUCCAACCCAUGCAACCGCAACCCAUGCAAUCCUAUCCCACCCAAUACCAACCCCAAUCAACUCAAUACCAGCCUCCCCCACCUAUCCACAACCAGUCGUUGGAAGUCUUAUACGGACCAGCAGGUACCGCACACGACUACACCAUGUACACCGGACCUGCGAGGGCCCCCAAUGGGUGGACUGAGGGAUGCCUGUGUCCUGAGUUGAUGCAGAGACGCCCUUCGGAGAUGCCAGGUGUUCCCCUCAAGUUCCAGUCCAGUCUCGAUGCUACGGCCUGGAAUUUGUGUCCGUGCAUGAUUCUUACGAGUCCGCACGCUAGCAGCAUCGAGAAUUUGACGUACAUCGUCCCAGACAUCUCCAUCGUGCUGCAUUUCUCAGACAUCCUUGAGAAUGUAGUUAUGGAGUUCCGGACCCAUCGCUCAUCUAACAAUUUUCUCAGAUUGCUCUGGAGGCAACCACACUCCAUGAAGAUCUCAGAUGUGGAAGCCUCACCCAUCGCCCGGACUUUCCAGGAAUCAGAGGCUGGGACUGCGAAGCCUGCGCUGGGGAAGCUCGGAUGGUCUAUCGAGAACUGA